UGCUAUCUUGCAGUGGGACUGGCACUGUGGAUUAUGCUAACUAGGAGGCUAUGUAGGUGCUGAUACGCAGCGUUCAUCAACCAUACACAUUUGUACUACAUUUCGCACCUGAACCGGACCUCCCAAAUAAUGGCUGACAAGUUGAGUGAACAACAAAUUAUAGAGUUUCGAGAAGCCUUUAGUGUGUACGACAAGGACGGUGAUGGUAUCAUCGCCAUCAAGGAGCUGUUCAAAGUGAUGUGGUCUCUGGGACAGAACCCGACCGAGAGUGAGAUGGAGAAGAUUCUCCAAGACGUGGAUCCUGACGGGGAAGGAACUAUCGACUUCCCUGACUUCCUGACAGUAAUGGCGAAACGGCAAAAGGACACGGAGCAGGAAGAGGAGCUACGAGCUGCCUUCAGGGCGUUUGACAUGGACCAUAACGGCAUCAUCGACACAAAGGAACUGAGGAAGGUGAUGACAGACCUUUGUGAUGACAUCACCAAUGAAGACAUAGACGAGAUGUUUUACCACUUUGACAAAGACGGUGACGGCAUGAUUUCAUACGAAGAGUUCAUUAGCGUCGUCAUGGCAGCGGAGAAGGAAAAAGAUGGACAGCCUUAGUAAGCUUCGUCGCUUACCGCAUCGCGAGUAACAAUCAACGAGGGCAAUACACUGCACAAAAACGUAGAUUUAGC